UAAUAAAAUGAAGUGCAUUGUUGACACUGAAUAUGAGUUUCGACUCGAAACAUUCGUAUGAAAAAUAAAGUAAUCCCUCUACAUAAAUAAAAAAAUUUUGUACCAAAAACGAAUGCAAGGGAAGAGAUUUUUAAUAUUCAGAUUAUGAUAACAAUCCAGGUCCAUCGUUGAGUCUUAUACGUGUAUGAUAUGUUAUAUAAUAUUAUUUCUUGUAUAUUGUAUAGUAUUAAAUAUAUCAUAGAGUUCAAAAGGGGCUCAAAACAUCGGUAUCAAUUAUCACUUCUGCUCUAUCAGUGAAUGUUUUUAUGCAACAUAGUCCUCAUACAUUAAACAAGUGCGUCCGACUCUAACUACACUGUCUCUCUCACGUUACAGUAUAUUAGUUCAGUCGUGUUCAAUGCUGCUAUCAGAGUCAGCAAUGAACGGCGACUCGCGACGAGAUGCACCUGAUCGAUAUCCAACUAGUGAUUGGAUCAAAAAUUAAUUGGAAGAGAAGUCAUGAUCCAGUUCCAGACGAGUCAUGAUGAACAUAUGAGACAUCAAAAUAGUGAGAUGUCAGUAAUUCAGGGGAAGGUUUUGCUUUGCAAAGCGAAAGUGCAAGGUGAAUCAGAAGAUGGUGAAAAGGGCUAUGCAAAAGUCCUUGAGUCAGCAGGUUUCACUUGUGACCAUCUAUCAAUUCUUAGAUUCGAAUUUGUCAACUUGGAUGACUUACAAUCGUUGCUUCUUGCACCAGAUUUGUACUCAGGAUUGAUUCUAACCAGUCCUCGCAGUGCAGAAGCUGUGCAAUUAGCUCUUGGGCAACAAAACAGAAAAAUUGAAUUCAUAUUCAAUGAAAAAUGGUCGCAGUUACCGAUCUACUGUGUUGGAGCAGCUACAGAACGAAUAACCAGAGAAUUAUUAAACGUGCAGAACUGCCGAGGAUCUGAAACAGGUAAUGCAAAAGAUCUUGCUUUGUUGAUUGUGCAAGAUGCGAAGUCAGGAACAAGUACUGCCAAUGCAAAACCUCUCUUGUAUCCGUGUAGCAUCAUCGCACGAGAUACCAUAGCCGUCACCCUGGAGGCUGCUGGUAUUGCACUGUCCAAAUUACCUGUCUAUCAAACUCUACCCAGUGAAACAUUGGCGACAGAUUUAAAUGAGCUUUUGUUCAGCUCUCCACCGGAGUAUCUGGUGUUAUUUAGUCCUUCUGCUGUGAAGCAUAUUAUGAACGUGGUUGAUCAAAAUAAGCAGAAGGCGUUAAUGGGGCUAAUAAAACUUGUAGCUAUUGGCCCUGUGACAGAACAAGCAAUUCUGAAUGCUGGUCUACAAGUUUAUACAACAUCUAAACAACCUGAGCCUGUGGCAUUGGCAAAUGCACUCAAGGAAAAGUUAUUACUGCUGUAGCUGAUACUAUGAUUUGAGAGAAUUUAUUACUAGAGUUUCUAACAAUAACCACGAAAAGGAUGUGUGAUAUUGCAAGGCUAAGAAAAUUCAUCUGCACUGGUGUAGAAUCUCUGACCGCCUUCUUCACUAGGCCAAAACUGGUAUAGUGUAGCACUCUUUGUCCUUUUUUUUCGUUCGACGAGGAAGAAAACAAUAAAACCAAACUCAGUGUACACUCAGGGUACACUUUAUAUAAAUAUAAAUGGACUGUACAGUGGUUCUUGCCAUUGGUAUUGGAUAAUGUUGCUUCAUGACCAAAUUAAUGUACAGUGUAUAAAUAAAUAUAAAUCUGUUAUGUUGCAA